ACAAUUUUUUCUUCGUUUCUACAGAUUGGUGACAAUACGUUUCCAAAUCUAAUGGCUCUACUUACGUCGUACAAUCCAUCCACUGCUUAUGAUAAAUGUAAACCAAAAUCUGAAGGCGGUCUGAAUAAACCAAUUUGUAAUCUAAUUUGGAAUAAUUUUAAAGAGUACGGCUACAAAACAGCUUAUGCAGAAGACGAACGCUCGAUGAGUACGUUUAAUUAUCUAAAGAAAGGAUUUGUGCAACCGCCAACGGAUUAUUAUUUACGGCCCAUGUUCAUGGCUAUUUCAAAAAAUAUGGUCGUAAAAAAACGAUCAGGCCUAUCAUAUUGUAUCGGUCGCAAGCAUUCUGGCGAAUACGUUUUUGAUUACGCAUUGCAAUUUGCAAACGCUCUACCUGCAGAUCCGCUCUUCGGACUAUUCUGGACAAAUUCAUUUAGUCACAACUCUUUCGAUACGACAGCCACAAUGGAUGUGAAAAUUUUAGAAUAUCUUAAGGAAAUGAAGAGCGCUGGCAUACUGGAGCGUUCAAUUGUGUUAUUUUUUGGUGACCAUGGAAGUCGUUGGGGUCCAUUGCUUGGAUUAAAAUCCGGAUUCUUAGAAGAACGUUUGCCGAUGAUGUUUAUAUCACUGCCAACGUGGUACCGAAACGUACAUCCCGAGUUCGUAGAAGCUUUGCAAAUAAAUCAAAAUC